AUGUGUGUCCCUCAACCGAUGAUGAGGGUUUCAGAGCCGAUGCUGGACAUGGACAUGGGAAACUACAGCGAAGUUUUGGACCCGACUUACACAACUUUGGAGUUUGACACCAUGCAGAUUCUGUAUAAUUCCAAUGACAGUUCUGCCCCAGAGACCACAAGUAUGAAUACCACAGACAGUGGUGUCAACUGUCUGUGUGCCAUAUGUGGGGACAGAGCAACAGGGAAGCACUACGGGGCGUCCAGCUGUGAUGGCUGCAAGGGAUUUUUCCGGCGCAGCAUUCGGAAAAGUCACGUUUACUCCUGCAGGUUCAGUCGCCAAUGUGUUGUUGACAAGGACAAAAGGAAUCAAUGUAGAUACUGUCGAUUAAGAAAGUGUUUUCGAGCAGGAAUGAAAAAAGAAGCUGUGCAAAAUGAGCGGGACAGAAUAAGUACCAGAAGAAGCACGUUUGAUGGCAGCAACAUCCCCUCCAUAAACACUCUGGCACAAGCUGAAGUUCGCUCUCGCCAGAUCUCAGUCCCAAGCCCCAGUGCCAGUACUGACAUAAACGUUAAGAAAAUUGCAAGCAUCAGUGACGUUUGUGAAUCUAUGAAGCAGCAGCUCUUAGUUUUGGUGGAAUGGGCCAAGUACAUCCCUGCCUUCUGUGAACUGCCCUUGGAUGACCAGGUGGCCCUGUUGAGAGCUCACGCGGGAGAACACUUACUGCUUGGAGCUACAAAGAGAUCCAUGAUGUAUAAAGAUAUUUUGCUUUUGGGAAACAACUACGUUAUUCACCGGAACAGCUGUGAAGUUGAAGUCAGCCGUGUGGCCAAUCGCGUCCUCGAUGAGCUGGUUAGACCGUUCCAAGAGAUCCAGAUAGAUGACAAUGAGUACGCAUGUUUGAAGGCCAUUGUGUUCUUCGACCCAGAUGCAAAGGGACUGAGUGACCCUGUGAAAAUUAAGAACAUGCGAUUCCAGGUGCAGAUCAGCCUGGAAGACUACAUCAACGACAGGCAGUAUGACUCCCGAGGCCGGUUCGGAGAGCUGCUCUUGCUGCUGCCAACCUUGCAGAGCAUCACCUGGCAGAUGAUCGAGCAAAUUCAGUUUGUCAAACUGUUCGGCAUGGUCAAGAUCGACAACCUCCUUCAGGAAAUGUUGCUGGGGGGUGCUGCCAAUGAUGGCAACCAUCUCCAUCACCCAAUGCACCCACACUUGUCUCAGGAUCCACUAACUGGGCAAACUAUACUUCUAGGUCCCAUGUCCACACUGGUGCAUACAGACCAGAUCUCAACUCCAGAAACCCCACUGCCUUCCCCACCCCAGGGCUCAGGACAAGAACAGUACAAAAUCACUGCAAACCAAGCUUCGGUCAUUUCACACCAAUCCCUCUCUAAACCAAAGCAGUUGUGAGAAUGUGCUUGCUUCUGACUGGUACUGUGUAAAUGUGAAACACAUUGGUCUGCAAAUCUCUCAGGAUGGUACUUUUGCCAACUUUUAGGCAAGGCUUCUUCAUGGUGCUCUUGUAAGCUGGUCUCCUAUUUUCUUGUUUGUAAACACAUUUUGUUUAUUGAUGAUGUAAAGUAAAGCCUUUACAUGCAACCUAUGUAUAUUUGAAUUUGAAGUUGUUUUAUAGUGUAUUGUUUCAAACUAUCCAUGCACU